AGGUGCAAAGAAGCUAUGCUUGGGAUUAGAUAUCAUAUGCGCCUAAUGGGUGAGGCUACAGGUGUUCCUAUUGAACCAGAAUCACAAACGAAACUUUUAGAUGCUACACUGAACUUGGAAGGAGUGUUGUUGGCUGGAGUUCCAGGAGCAGGAGGAUUUGAUGCUGUCUUUGCUGUUACUUUGGGAGAUUCAAGCAGCAAUGUGACAAAAAUAUGGAGCUCACUCAAUGUUCUUGCCCUUCUGGUUAAAGAAGAUCCUUAUGGCGUUUCUUUAGAAAGUGCUGACCCUAGAACAAAUGAAAUCACUUCAGCUGUAUCUUCAAUUCAUAUUGAAUAAUUUAUUGUAAAUAUUGUUUAUUUUUAAUACGAUGAAUUUGUUUAUUUUUUGAAAUA